AUGUCUAAUCUAGAAGUAUAUUGUUGUCUUGUGGGUAAACUUAAUUUCUUUACUUACACUCGACUGGAUCUUGCUUUUACAGUUCAACAUCAUAGUCAAUUUAUGUCAAAUCCAAGAUUAUCUCAUUUUGAAGUUGCUAUGCACAGUUUGAGGUAUAUUAAUAAUGAUCCAAAUCAAGGAUUAGUAAUAAUCAAGAAGAUUUCAAGCUACAAGCUUUUUUGUGAUUUUGACUGGGCUGCAUGUCCUCAGUCAAAAAGAAGUAUCAAUGGCUUUUUCAUUCUAUUGGGAGGAAGUCCAAUUUCAUGGAAGUCCAAGAAACAAGCAACCAUAUCAUUAUCAUCAGCAGAAGCUGAAUAUCGAAGCAUGAGGUGUGUUAAUGUUGAAUUAGCAUGA